ACACCCUCCUCCCCCUCUCCUCCCUCCCCCGGCGCGUCGUUGGAGCUGCUCGGCUGCCUGCAAUCCAACAUGGAGUAGAGAGAGAUGGGGCUCUAGCGGGGCCACCCCUCGGUAACAACGGCGACGACGCGCUUCGGCUUCUUUACGCACAGCUGGAACCCGAGUCGUCGGUGACAGAACCUGCGCGUCGGGACUUAAAACACGGGAGUGUGUGCGUGCGUGAGUGUGUGUGUCCGUGUGUUUGGGGGUGGGAGGGUGGUGGAGUUGUUACAGCGAAGGAGAAGAGCUGGAAUCGGCUACUAAAACUGUCUUUAUAUGGCUUACGUUUCCACACCGGAGGCGAUGGGCCGUUAAAGUUCUAUCGGACAUUUCGCGAUCCAGAAAGGCAAAAAAAAAAAAAAAGCCCGAAGAAACGGUGUGGCUCCAGGGGCAGAAAGGGGGAGAGAAAGAGAGAGAGAGAGCGAGCGCGAGAGAGAAAAGCGCGAGAGAGAGAAAAGUGAGGAAAAAAGGAAGACGGAGGAGGCACGAGCCCGGAGAGCCCCGACACUUCGCACAAAAGGCGCACAAAAAGAGGGGAAUUUAUGCGGAAUCGGGGACCGGAUCGGCGGCGCCUCGGUGGAAGAAUGACGAGCGAAAAGUCUGCAACCGCCGCGGUACUCUACCCGAGGUGAAACGAGAAAAUGAUAGAAGAAACACACCCAAACGAUGACAGCUACAUCGUGCGUGUGAAAGCGGUGGUGAUGACGCGGGACGACUCGAGCGGCGGCUGGCUGGCCCAGGACGGGGGCGCUCUGAGCUGGGUCGGCGUGUGCCGCCUGCUGGCGCCCUUGCCGACCUCCGGCUGCUCCCAGUUCCUCAUCCGCGGCGAGCGGCUGCGAGACAAACAGGUGAUUCUGGACUGUCCGCUGAGGAAGGACCUCGUGUACACCAUAGCCACGCCCACGUUUCACCACUGGAAGGUGGAGGACAGGAAGUGCGGCCUGUCCUUCCAGAGCCCAGCGGACGCCAGAGCGUUCGAACGAGGGGUUCGGAAAGCCAUCGAGGACUUGGCAGAAGGCUCCACGACCUCCUCUACAGCACUCCAGAACGAGGGCGAGCUGGGCGACGACGACGUCUUCACCAACACCACAGACAGCUCGUCCAACUCCUCCCAGAAGCUGGAGAGCUCUCUGCAGCCGCUCGAGUCCUCGCCCCUUCCGCAGAGACACAGGUGCAUGCUGGGACAUCGCCACGACCUCCACGACCCCUACCGGCUCUCAGACCACUACUUCAUGGACCAGCCGUUGUCUCGGCUUCCCCGUCACGUCACCUUCCAGGAGGACGAGGAAAUCGUCCGCAUCAACCCCCGGGAGCGCAGCUGGGAGCGGACCAGCGAGCGCCACUAUGGCCGCCCGUCGGACCCCCCCUGGCUCAAGGGCUACGAGGACUACCGGCACGCCACGGUGCGCGACACGUUCCUCCAGGUGGACGACUCCGACUCCUACGUCCACUUCGCCAAGACGGAGGCGCAGAAGCACGACUACACCUACCCGCUGUCGCCCUCGGACUCCGACCCCGCCCUCGGACCCUUGGUCAACAAGGGCCCCGGCGGCUCGUACCACCCGGGCUUCUCCUCGGUGGUCUCCGCCCAGCCGCGCUCCUUCCUCCCGAGCUCCUCGCCGUGCGCCAACGGCAAGGGGCGGAAGGAGGACGGGGGGUUGGAGCGCGCUCAGUGCGAGCACUGCGGCGGGGCGUUUUACGUCUCCGACAACCGGAGGGGCCGGUGCCACGACGCGCCGGACCCCGUGCGCGCGUGCGUCCGGCGGGUCAGCUGCAUGUGGCUGGCGGACACCAUGCUCUACCACUGCAUGUCCGACCCAGAGGGGGACUACUCGGACCCUUGCUCCUGCGACGGAGGCGAGGGCGGCGGGGGGGGAGGAGGCCGACUCGGCUCGCGCUGGUUGGCUCUGCUCGGCCUGUCCCUGGUGGCGCCCUGCCUCUGCCUCUACCCGCCUCUCCACGCUUGCCACCGGGCGGGGCUCAGGUGCGGCUGCUGCGGAGGCCGACACAAGGCGCUGAGCUGAGCCGAGCCGGGGGGGGGGGACGACCUCGAAAAGGAGGAGGAACAAAAAACAAAACAAAGACAAAACCCCAACGCAAAGCACAGGGAAAGGGAAGGAGGGGGGCCGGGGACGCGUGGUCGCGGCUGCUCACGCUCUUGCCUUUUUUGGUUUCUCUGGGAUUCUCUACAAAUUCCAGACACUGAAAUAAGCCACACAAAAAAAAAAAAACUGUUGGUGCAUUUUCUGAACGGCCCGGGAAGAUAAGCUCCCCCUCACGGCAGACAGUUCUCUCGGCUCUCCACGUGAGAGAGCACUCUCUUUUCAGGGGGCUUUUUUUAUUUUUAUUUUAUUUUAAUUUUAUAGCUGACCUAUAUGUCAUGUAUCACAUAUGCAGGUACUUUAUACUUUGUACACUGAUAUCGGCGUCAGAGAACUUGAAUUGUUUCUUUGUUAUUUCUUUUUCUCUCUCUCUCCUUUUGAUGUACGCGCGGCCAUUUUUGUUUAUAUUCUAUUCCAAUAUCAGGCCCGCUCAACUCCAGCUACAAGAGAAAUCAGACACUAAACCUCUUUACGUGUGCGUGUGCGUGGAUGGUAUAUGUACAUGCUUACAAUGUGCGCCGAGGCCUUUCGUUGUCUGUCCUGCAGCUCACGGGGAUGCGUGUGUGUGCGUGCGUGUGUGUGUGUGUGUGUGUGUGUGUGUGUAUAGCUGACAUAGCUCUCUGCCAUCUUUUUGUUCACGGAAACAAACGCCGGUACUCAUCUUAAAAUCAAACGUCCCAAAGAUUCGUGUUUUUAUCCUAUUUAUUGUCUCACUUGCA